UUUAAGUUAUCCGCCUACCCUACUAUAUCAGCCACUCAUCAAAACAAAAUCUAUUAAACAUGGCAUCCUCUUUGGACGAAUCCGCAUUCACCUUCAUCGCACUAGGUGGCAUUCUUCAGGAAUUUCGUGUUGCCGGCCAGAACAUCGUCCUUGGCUUCGAUACCCAAGAGGAUUAUGCCAAGUACAACACCGCAUAUUUCGGCUCGACUAUCGGCCGCACUACAAACCGGCUGAAAGAUUCAGUCAUUGAAAAUCUCAAUGGGAAGACAUACUUCAUUACAACAAACCAGGAGCCUCAUUCAUUGCACGGUGGGAAGGAUGGGUGGAACUCCAAGGUCUUCGACGGCCCCAACGCUGUAUUUAGAAACGGAAAGGAAGGGUUGGAAUUCAAGUAUCUAAGCAAGGAUGGUGACGAGGGCUAUCCGGGUACGGUGGAACUGAGAGUAUGGUAUACAGCCGGCAAGGAGGUAGGGAAAGAAGGGGAACCUUCCAAACCCGUCCUAGAGAUUGAGUACGAAGUCGAGUUUGUGGGGGAUGAAUGUGACGAAACUGUAGUGGGAGUUACGAAUCAUAGUUACUUUAACUUAGGCGAUGGGCCUACGAUUGAAGGAACAGAAGCAGUUUUAGCUACGGACAAUUAUCUCCCGACAGAUUCCACAGGCAUCCCUAUCAGCACAAUAGAGCGUUACACUUCUACACAGGUUAAUAAGCCCUUCUUCCUCGGCGCAACUUCUCCAGACAUUGACGACUGUUUUGUGGUGGAUACGGAUCCAGCCUCAAUACCAGCCGACACUCGAUCUCGACCGCUGCGCCUGAACGCAGCACUCAGACAUCUGGUCACAGGAAUUCACCUCGAAGUCCAUUCCACGGAACCCGCCUUCCAGUUCUACACCGGAAAGUACAUUAACAUCCCGUCAGUUGGCAGCGCGCCAGCACGGGGACCACGAUCAGGCUUCUGCGUGGAACCUAGCCGAUAUAUCAACGCUCCGAACGAGCCCAAUUGGAGGGGUAUGAGUGUCUUGAGGAAGGGGCAAAUUUGGGGGUCCAAGAUUGUGUACAAGGCAUGGAAGGAGUAAGAGAAAAGGGCGGUACCCUCUAGGUUCGUCGUGAAAGAAAUUAAAGUUGAGAUAAAAGACACUGUGUAAAUUCUCAUGCGACGUGUCACCUCGACUUCACUAGAGCUUUGCAGCUCUUCAUGCUGGUUACUUUUCUAAGUAAUGCUUUUAUAGCCACUCUCAAUGAGGUUUCUAUCUCGAGUUCUCGCACGAACGCCUUUUCAUAACCUAUGAGAAAGAAAACAUAUUUCCUUUCAGUCCUUUGCCAAUUAGAAUCUGGGGAGAUGAUACUGUUUUAUCUGCAGUACGAUCCUGCUGCUUGAAUGCCCAAUGCACAGCGUCAAUAUCUUCUG